AAUGGCAUCCAAAACAACAUCAAUCCCUGUCUUAGAUUUCUAUGGAGAUGGAUUAGAGCCUGGAACACCAUCAUGGGCCCAGUUGAGUGCCGAGGUGGGCCAUGCUGCUAGGGAAUUUGGGUGCUUUGAGGCCUUGUGGCCCACCUCUGUGGCCGAUCGCCAGCUUUUAUUUCCAAAGAUUAAAGAGGUCUUCGCACUCCCUGUGGAGACCAAGCGAAAGAACGUUUACGAAGAUCCAUUAAGUGGAUACAACGGUCCACAUAGGCCAUUCACAAAUCUCGAAAGCUUAGGAAUCAACGGUGCAGAUUCACUUCAAGGGGUGGAGGAUUUUACCAACGUUUUGUGGCCUCAAGGGAAUCCAGAUUUCAGUGAAGCAGUCUACUUGUUUCUUAAGAAGCUGAGUGAGUUUGGAGGGAUUGUAAGUAGGAUGGUUUUAGAGAACCUGGGCGUGGAGAAGUAUCAUGACGGUCUGAUGGAGACGUUGGAUUGCCAUGUUCGAAUGAUGCAUUACAAGCAUCCUUUAAAUGGGGUGAGCCGCAUUGAAGGUCUUGGUGCACAUGCCGAUUCAAACUUCCUGACCAUACUGUUUCAAGAUGAGGUGAAUGGAUUGGAAGUUCUCAACAAACAAGGGCAAUGGAUACCAGUGCUACCAUCUCCUAACUCCUUGAUUGUCAUCGUUGGUGUUACCCUUGUGGCAUGGGCCAACGAAAGGAUACACGCACCUCUACAUCGUGUGAGCAUGAUUGGAGAAAAGGAUAGAUAUUCAAUGGCGCUUUUCAUGAUGUCCAAGGCGGGCAAGAUGGUUCGGACACCUGAAGAACUUGUGGAUGAGCAACAUCCAUUGAUUUUCAAGCCCUUUGAUUACUUCAAAUUUCGACGCAUGUACUUAUCUGAAUUCGAACGCUUCAACCUGUCCAAUCCAUCAGAAGCCUGUCUAGCAGCCCUCAAGGAGUAUGCUGGAAUAUAGGUUUGAGCUUUGUGUUCCAUUGUCAGCUAUCUCGGAGGAAGAGGAGACAAAUAGCGUUUAUAAACCUCAAAUCUUGUUAGAGGAAUGCAUGAAUAAAAUAAUUUCUUAGAAUGUUCUUAUUUCAAUAUAU